UAUGAAGGUGGAGUUUGCACCCCUCAAUGUCCCUCUGGUCCGAAGGUUGCAGACGGCGGCUGUGUCUCAGUGGGUUUUUUCUUUUUUGUUACUAGCACAAUGCUGUGUAGGAAUAUUCCUCAUGCUGGUACUUGGCAGGUUCUGGCUACUGACAGCCCUCUAUGUCCUCUGGCUCUAUUUGGACUGGGAGACCCCACAAACUGGAGGCGCAGGUGGGAGUGGGUGCGGAGUUGGACAGUGUGGAAAUACUUCAAGGAUUAUUUUCCCAUUAAACUCAUCAAGACAGCUGAUUUAGAUCCUCGGCACAAUUACCUUUUGGGAUUUCACCCUCAUGGAGUCCUAGUCGCUGGAGCUUUUGGAAAUUUCUGCACAAAUUAUACUGGGUUUAAGGAGCUUUUCCCAGGCAUGACCCCUCACCUGCACAUCCUUCCCUUCUGGUUCCGCUGUCCCUUCUUCCGAGAGUAUAUCAUGAGUGUUGGUCUAGUAUCAUCUUCUAAGAAGAGUGUCACACAUGUCCUGAGCAAACCGCAGGGUGGAAAUGCUGCUGUCAUAGUGAUUGGGGGAGCUGAGGAGUCAUUGGAUGCUCAUCCUGGAAAUCUAACACUCCAUAUCCUGAAGAGGAAAGGAUUCAUCAAAGUGGCAUUGAAGAGAGGAGCCCAUUUGGUGCCAGUAUUCUCUUUUGGGGAGAAUGAACUGUUUCUUCAAGUGUCCAAUCCUAAAGGGUCUGUGCUGCGAAUUAUACAAGAGAAGCUGCAGAAGAUGAUGGGCUUUGCUCUACCACUAUUUCAUGCCCGCGGCAUCUUCCAAUAUAGCUUUGGACUGAUGCCAUAUAGAAUGCCUAUCCACACUGUUGUAGGCAAGCCCAUCCCAGUGAAACAAACAUCCAACCCCACUCAGGAAGAGAUUGACGAGCUUCAUCAGAUCUACCUUAAGGCCCUCCAGGAACUGUUUGAGGAAAACAAGGCACAGUAUGGCGUCCCUGAGCAUAGAUCCCUGAUCUUUACAUGA